AUGGACGAUCUGACGAGGAAAAGACGGCGAUUGACGAAAGCAGAAAGGGAUUUGACAUGGCUGAGACAAAGCCAGGUCACGUUACGAGAGAAAGUCAAGAGGUUAAAGGAACUCGAUGAACAGAUCAUUGACAUACUAAGCGCCUCGGGAGAUGAAGACGCUGAAGCACAGCUCAAUAAAGAGGUCGAAAGUUCAGACGAAGCGGUCGCAGAAUUUGAAAGGACAUUGAUGAAAAUCGACGACGCGCUGCGGGAAUCCGGUGAACAAAGACUGCCAUUGUUGACGACGCCAGACGAAGGAAACCUAGACCAGAGCCGUAUAUCGACAGCCAGUACGGGAAAGAUCGUCAGAGCAAAGCUUCCGAAACUAAAGCUUAAGAACUUCAACGGUAAAGUAUGUGAGUGGCCCGAGUUUUGGGACGGGUUUUCAAGCUCGAUAGACAACAAUGACGCAUUGUCUGACGUUGACAAGUUUGCAUAUUUGCGCGGAUAUUUGGAAGGACCAGCGAAGUCUACAAUUGCCGGCUUAGCGUUAACAGGGACAAACUACAACUGUGCAGUGGAAUUGCUUAAGAAACGGUUUGAAAAGAAAAGCAUAGUUCAACGAGCACACGUGAAUGAACUCAUACAACUGCCGGCAGUUUACAAAGAAAGGGACAGCAGAGACUACGGAAGUUGUUUGACAGCUGCGAAACGAAUAACCGCGCCUUGA